AAUUGAACCCAACCCAUCAAUUGUUUGUUCAACACACCUUGAUUUUGCGGGUUUUCGAAGUCUUUCUCGCUCUGGUUGAUUGGGGAAGCCAAUGGCUGCAGGGACAUCUUUCUUGAGGCAAUGUAUAGCUACGACUACCAGAACAUUGGUGACUGCGAAAUUGAAACAUUCCGGCAAUCACUUCACGGCCUUUCUCCUUCCACUUCGUACUAGCUCUCGAAGAUUGACCAUUCGUGCUAGCAGCACAAACAAUGAAGAACUUGCUGCUAAAGCAGCUGCAUCUGAUGCAGACAGUGGAGCUCCAACCAUAUUUGACAAAAUAAUAGCCAAGGAAAUUCCUUCAAACAUCGUUUAUGAGGAUGAGAAGGUCCUUGCAUUUCGAGACAUAAAUCCACAAGCUCCUGUUCAUAUAUUAAUCAUUCCAAAGCUCAGAGAUGGAUUGACGGAGCUGGGAAAGGCUGAAGCAAGACAUGGGGAGAUACUGGGUCAGCUGCUAUAUGCAGCAAAAAUAGUGGCCGAGAAAGAGGGUAUUGUUGAAGGAUUUCGUGUAGUGAUCAACAGUGGUGCAAGUGCUUGUCAAUCUGUGUAUCAUCUUCACCUGCACGUCCUGGGAGGGAGACAGCUGAAGUGGCCUCCAGGUUGAACCCAAUUCCAUUACAUUUUCUAAUAUAACAUACUAAACUGUUCUUCGUAUAUUUUCUUGUAUCACAUAACAAAAAUAAAGGAUUGCAAUGAUUUCUUUAGAUGACUUGGAUGAAUCUAUCAGAAGGCCAUUUCCUCCA